AAAUUAAUUAUUCAUACUUCUUUGUUAAAAUGGCUCGUUCCCUCUUUAGUACAUUGGGAAGAAACAAAAAUACUUAAACAAUGUUUCGGCUAGUUUAUGGGACUUUUAUCGUAAUUGCAUGCCUUGCCUUUGCCUUGACCCAAGAAGCGGAGGAAUCUAGACGAAAUCCAAACAGGAAGAAAGCGGAUACACAAUGUAUGAACUGUGUGGAAAACACAUGUGAUAACAGUACCGGAAUUUGUGGGAAAUGUAUAAAAGGCUUCUAUGGUGAAAAAUGUCAGAAAUCCUGUCCGAAUACAUGUCCAUCAUGCCUGCAGGCGACAGGGCAGUGUCUUUCCUGUAGAGACGGCUGGUUUGGUCCGCACUGUUUCUUCAAAUGUGUCCUCUGCUUUUCUUGCGAAAUACAAAGCGGAAUUUGCACAACCUGCAAACCAACCAAAUGGGGACCCCAUUGCCAAGACGACUGCUCGCGCAACUGUUACAUUUGUCGUAUACACAAUGGGCAAUGCGUCCAAUGUUCUCGGGGAUUUUACGGUGAGAACUGUGAAAAGAGGUGUCCCAACUGCUUCAGAGGCCUUUGUCGUCCAACAACUGGAGCCUGUCAUUUUGGCUGCCAAAAGGGGUAUUACGGAACGCAUUGUGAAAACCCUUGUCCACCCAAUUGCAAAGAGUGUGAUCGAAAUGAUGGGACUUGCAAGGUGGAGAAACCUUCUAAACAAGGCAGCAUUGCGAUUGACGAGAAAGAAAAAUCGAUAAGGAAGGACCCCAUUUUUGGAAUGGGAAAAAAACCAAGGAAGCUGACAAUUAUUUCAAACCCCAAAAGUAAAAUGACGUUGGGCACGUCAAACGACGCAACUCAAACGGACGGUAUGAAAAGUUUUUCUAAGAAAAUGGCAUCUGAUGUACAUGUUCUUGUGGAAGGCGGCCUGGAUACAUCUGUAAAAGAUUCACAAUCGGCUCCAAAUGAGACAGAGAAGACGGGAAACAAUACAAAGACCUCCGAUCAAUCGACAACAACACCAUCAGUUGCGCCAAGUACACCGCCAAAGAUAGAGGAUUCUCUCAAAAUAUUACGGGAAGGUGGUCCUGGAACAUCCAACAAAAGACCGGACUCAGUUCCUGCAAGGGAACAGAAGUUAGGGAAUUUGACGAUCAUUUCAAAUCCUUUAACAAAAAUGACUUCGAACAUGUCGAGCGCUGUAUCCCAGGCAGAGAAUUCAAGAAAACUUGCAUCUGAUUUGCAUAUACUAACAGAGGGUCAUCUAGAUACUUCUAUCAAGCGACCGGAGGGUAAAAGCGGUGUUCAAAAUUCCAAUUCUGUGUCACAAACAAAUACUGCACGGAAGGCCUUAUCGCCGUUUAAUGAAACGGGUGCAGAACCUCGAAAAUGAGAUUCAGAUU